AUGUCUGCUCCAUGUCAUUGUAAGCAUGCUGAAGAAUUAACUGAUACAUUUUCAUCAUCAUCAUUAUCUUAUACUAAUGGCAAACUUUCAGUUUUGUCACCUGAAUUACAAGCUGAAUUCCAAGAUCCCAAUCAUCCUGCAAAUUUGAUUUGUGAAUUAUGUCGUUUAUUUUAUGAUAAUAAUUGGGUUACUGGUACUGGAGGUGGUAUUUCCAUAAGAGAUGUUGAUGGACCAAAUCCAAAUUUAGUUUAUAUUGCUCCUUCUGGAGUUCAAAAGGAAAGAAUUCAACCUUGGGAAAUGUUCUUAGUUGAAUUACCUGAUGAGAGAAUAAUUCGUACUCCCAAUGACAUUCCUAAGGAAUUAACUAAAUCUUAUAAAUAUAAGCCCAGUGCAUGUACUCCAUUAUUUAUUAGUUGUUAUACAAUGAGAGAUGCUGGUGCAUGUAUUCAUACCCAUUCACAACAUGCUGUAAUGAUGACUUUAUUUUUGGAAAAUGAAAAAGAAUUCUCCAUUAGUCACAUUGAACAAAUUAAAGCAUUACCUAAAUUAAAAUAUAAUGAAGAAACUAAAAAAAUUGAAAAAAUCGGUAGUAUGGAGUAUUAUGAUAAAUUAGUUAUUCCGAUUAUUGAAAAUACUCCACAUGAAGAAGAUUUAACUGAUUCUUUACAGGAAGCAAUCAAAAAUUAUCCUGGUGCCAGUGCUGUUUUAGUUAGAAGACAUGGGAUUUAUGUUUGGGGUGAAACUGUUUGGAAAGCUAAAGUUUAUAAUGAAGCUAUUGAUUAUUUAUUGGAAUUAGCUGUGAAAAUGAAGCUUGCAGGUAUUCCUUUAGUUAAAGAAUAA